AAGCCAAUCUCGAUUGCUUGGAUUCCUAACGGAUCAGUGUUGUGAAUAGGUGUUGUGAGUUUUGAAGAAUGGUGUUUUUUCGUAGCGUAUCAGCCAUUUCAAGGCUUCGGUCUCGAGCAGUGCAACAAUCCUCACUUAGCAACUCUGUCAGAUGGCUCCACUCUUCUGAAUUGGACUUGAAGUCGCAGAUGCAAGAGAUCAUUCCAGAACAACAGGACCGUUUGAAGAAACUGAAAUCAGAACAUGGAAAGGUCCCACUGGGAAACAUCACCGUUGAUAUGGUACUUGGUGGAAUGAGAGGGAUGACUGGAUUACUCUGGGAAACAUCAUUGCUUGAUGCAGAUGAGGGAAUUCGCUUUCGAGGAAUGUCGAUUCCUGAAUGCCAGAAAGUAUUACCUUCAGCUGAGUCUGGAGAAGAGCCCUUGCCUGAGGGUCUUCUGUGGCUUCUGUUAACUGGAAAGGUGCCAAACAAAGAGCAAGUUAAUGCUUUGUCAAAAGAGUUGGCUCAUCGUGCGGCUGUGCCAGAUUAUGUAUACAAAGCUAUAGAUGCCCUGCCUUCAACAGCUCAUCCAAUGACUCAAUUUGCUAGUGGUGUUAUGGCCCUUCAGGUUCAAAGUGAGUUUCAGAAGGCAUAUGAGCAGGGUGAUAUUCAUAAGUCAAAGUACUGGGAGCCAACCUUUGAGGAUGCACUAAACUUGAUUGCUCGUGUUCCUGUUGUAGCUUCAUACGUUUAUCGAAGGAUGUACAAGGAUGGUAGCAUCAUUCCAUUAGAUGAUUCUUUGGAUUAUGGUGCAAAUUUUUCACACAUGCUGGGAUAUGAUAGUCCUCAGAUGAAAGAGCUCAUGAGGCUUUAUGUCACUAUCCACAGUGAUCAUGAAGGUGGAAAUGUUAGUGCUCACGCUGGUCACCUGGUUGGGAGUGCACUUUCAGAUCCAUAUCUUUCAUUUGCAGCUGCAUUGAAUGGUUUAGCUGGGCCACUCCAUGGUUUGGCUAAUCAAGAAGUUUUGCUGUGGAUCAAAUCAGUUGUCGAGGAAUGUGGAGAAAAUAUAUCAAAGGAACAGCUUAAAGAUUAUGUCUGGAAAACGUUAAACAGUGGCAAGGUUGUUCCAGGAUAUGGCCAUGGUGUUUUGCGUAAAACGGAUCCAAGAUAUAUAUGCCAAAGAGAGUUUGCCUUGAAGCAUCUACCUGAUGAUCCUCUUUUUCAGCUGGUCUCAAAGCUUUAUGAAGUGGUGCCUCCUAUUCUAACCGAGCUGGGAAAGGUCAAGAACCCGUGGCCUAACGUUGAUGCUCAUAGCGGAGUGCUGCUGAACUACUAUGGUCUAACCGAAGCAAGAUACUACACAGUGCUUUUUGGAGUCUCAAGAAGUCUUGGCAUCUGUUCGCAGCUGAUAUGGGACAGGGCACUUGGACUACCACUAGAGAGACCAAAGAGUUGGAUCAGAGGAUGUCAACAAUACUCAAGCAACCACUCCAGCUCAAACAGAGUGUUUGAAGUCAAAAGAAGCAGACUCAAGAAAGUCAACGCCACAGGCUCAACAGAGUCUCUCAACAAGAAAUUGCCGAUGAAGCUUCCUCCUCAUCUUAAGAAGCUUGCUUUGAUUCUACCAAAACCGAUUUGCUAUUUUGAGUGGAUAAGGAGUCGCUGGAUCCUGUUACCGAGAAUUGUUAGAAACCGAGAGCAGAGGUUUCUAGCUAGGACAAGAAACAUAUUGUUGGAACAAAUCCUAGUCCUCCUCGUUAAGGCCAGUCCAGUGGUUCAAGAGAAACAUACAAUUCCAACUCAAGAGGAGGAAGAAGAAGAAGAAGCAGUGAUAUCGAACGGCAUGAACGACGACGACGAUACUAACAAUAUUAACAGUUCCAGUGAAUUUGAUAACAAUCGUAUCGGUGACGGUGACGGUGACGGAGACGAUAACUGUAAUCUAAAUCAGAUCAAACAAGUAUGGGGAACGUGGGACGAGUUGGUGUUAACAUGCGCCGUUAAGCGUCAUGCUUUUUCCGAUUGGGACUCCGUCGCUAAGGAGGUUCAGGCUCGUUCCCGGAGUUCUCUCAUCGUCUCCGCCGUCAAUUGCAGGCUUAAGUAUCAAGAUCUCAAACGUAGGUUCCAAGAUUCCGUCGACGUCGGAGAAGAUAAUACCGAAGCGGCGGCGGCGGAGGAGGAUGAAGUUGGUGAAAUCCCUUGGCUCGAGCAGUUACGGAGUCUUCGUGUGGCGGAGCUCCGCCGUGAGGUUCAACGAUGUGACGACUCGAUACUGUCGCUUCAGUUAAAAGUUAAGAAAUUAGAGGAGGAGAAAGACGGAGAUGAUGGAGACAACAAACCAGAUCUGAAAAACGAUGAAAUUAAACCGGCGAGACUUAACCGGGAUACGACGGAGUCUGACCGGGAGGAUAAUAGGUCGAUGAACGAGUCCAACUCGACAGCCUCCGUCGAUAAAAUCGCCGAUCACGACAGAUUAGACGGUGAUAAAAUGGUUCAGACUGACGAGAAUUCGAGAAAUCCAGAUCCCGAUCCGGUUAAUAAGGCGGCGGCGCCGGAGGAGGAACAACGAACGGUUAGUAAAAGAUCGGAAAUGAGUAACUCGGGAGAGUUGGAUGAAUCGGGAACGUCCACUGGUCCUGGAAAGAGGAAAGGACAGAAAUACAGAAGCGGCGGAGGCGGCGGUGAUAUCAAAUCGGCCGGUGAUAAAUCACAGCCGUUGAUAGAUACCAUUAAGCUAAUUCGGUCUCAUCCCCGUGGUUCCGUGUUCGAAUCCCGGCUUAGGAGCCAGGAGACUAAGGAUUACAAGAGGUUGAUAAGGCAGCAUUUGGACAUCAAGACAAUAGAGAAGAAGGUGGAGAAAGGAUCUUAUGUUUCUUCAAGCCUUUCUUUCUACAGAGACCUCAAGCUUCUCUUCACAAACGCCAUUGUCUUCUUUCCUACAUCUUCCUCAGAAUCCAUGGCUGCUCAAGAACUAAGAACCCUCGUCUCUAACGAGAUGAAGAAACGAACGGGAAAAUCGGGUCACAAUGCCAUCAAAGCAGAGGCUGAAUCAAACGAACAGAAAUCCUCUGUUCUUCCUCUUGUUGCCUGUAAAAAGAAGAGUUCUGCUUCAAAAAAGACGCCUCCUUCUUCAAGCUCUAAACAAAAAGAUGAGAAGAAAUAUCAGGAAGUCUCAGAGGAGAAGACUGUGACUACUACUACUACUACUACUACUACUAGUGCAAGAAGUUCGAGGAGAACGAGCAAAGAGAUCGCUGUUGUUGCUAAAGAUACUAAAACGGGAAGAGCCAAGAAUAAUAAUAAGAAACAAAAGGAUACGAAAACAGAAUCAUCUGAUGAUGGUGAUGAAGAUGAGAAGGAAGAGAAUUCUAAAACAGAGAAGAAGACAGUAGCGAUAGCAUCAGAUAAGAAGAAGAGCGUGGCUGAUUUUUUGAAGAGAAUAAAGAAGAACUCUCCACAGAAAGGAAAAGAAACAACGAGUAAAAAUCAGAAGAAGAGUGAUGGAAACGUUAAGAAAGAGAACAGUAAAGCGAAACCGAGGGAAUUGAGGAGUAACAGUACAGGUAAAAAGAAGGCUGAGGUAGAGACUAAUAAUAGUAAGAGUUCAUCGAAACGAAAACAAACGAAAGAACCAGCAGAGGCUACGGGAAAACGAGGUAGGGAAUCCGAAAAAGACAAUAAGCAGCCAAAGAAAAGAAGCAGAAGAUGAAACUAAAUUAGCCUGUGGUUAAGCAUUGUACAUUUGAUGUGCCAGAAGUAUUCAUCAUUCCUCUUAACAUCAGUGUUUUGGAAGGAAUCAUAGGUCUUGUUAGGUAUUCUCAUAGUUACCAGUGUAGCUUUUAUUUAAACUGGGCUUUCCUUGUUUUAGAGGGUAUAAUGGACACAUGGUGUUGUCUUCAUUUAUUUGUUAGUUUGAUCCAUACUAGGUUCACAAAACCUGAAACCCUGUUUAGACUUAGGAAAUAAAAAUCUAAAAAAACA